CUCGACCUCAAGUCUCAGCUCCACCCGCGUGGAUAAGCUCGCACCGCUCGUGCUCUGCUCUCCCUCCCAGACACACACACACACACUGCACACUACACACGCUCUCUCUCUCUCUCUCUGCUUGGCGAUCUUCUGUACCGAGCUCGCGAGGAGGAAAGCCGCCGCCGCAUCGAUCUCUCUCGACCAUGGCCGCGCGAGCACUGACCGCCGCCGGCCGCCGGGUGGCCGGCCGGACCGGGACGACGCCUCUUCUCGCCUCCCGCAGGAACGGAGUCAGCAUGAACCACUCCUCGGCCAGCGCGCGGCGGGAGGAGGAGCCGUACAAGGACGUCCGCGCCGCCGCUGCGGCGAUGACGGGGGCGCAGGUGGAGGCGGCGCUCAACCGCAAGAACGUCGAGGUGCUCCAGGGCGAGGAGCACGUCGCCACGGUGCUGCCGGACGAGACCAUCGGCGGCGCGCUGGACGGCGGCGAGGACGCGGCGUGGGUGCCCGACCAGGACACGGGCGUCUUCGGCCCCGCCCACGUGGAUACCCACGGCGGCGGCUCGGCUGCCGCUCCACCGCACCUGUUCGGAGGUGCCACGGAGGGGUCAGCGGCGUCUUCGGCCGACCAGGACACGGGCGCCUUCGUCCCCGCCGAUGCCGAUGCCGAUGCCUACACUGACACCCACGGCGGCGGCGCGCGUCCCGCCCCACCGCACCUGUACGGAGGCGUGGGCGGGACGGCGUCGGUGCUGGACCAGGCGGUGUUCGUCCGGGAGGAGGACAUAGAGGACGUCGAGAAGCCCGCCGCCAUCGACAUGGGCAAUGCCAACGCAGACGUCAACGGCAGCAUCAAGAACUACUAGUGCAACUUACUUAGUUCCAUCGAUCAGUCGGUGCUCUGUAGUUUCAGUAAGCUAGUUAGUACUGCCCCUGCCUCCCUAGUGGAGUAGAACAGAAUAAAUCACAGGCGAAGCUAUUCAGUAACGUUCACGUGCUUGCUUACCUAUUUACUCCCUUUGUUUCAGAAUAAUUGAAGUUCUGGAUUUGUCUCAACUCAAUCUUGUUUAAGUUUGACAAGACUACAGAAAUAUAUACUAUUAUCAUCUCGAACG